AUGAAUAAAUCAGCCACAGAUUAUCUCCUCCAAUUUGAAGCCUCCUUCGACCACUUGGAAGAAAAAAUGAACGAGAAAUCACAAGAAAUCAAUGCUCUCUGGGCGAUCGUUGGAAAACUCCAGUGCGAUCGACCUCACUGCCUCAUUCGCACUAAAGUCAUCCUUUCUUGUGGACACAAACUCUGCGAGGUCUGCCUCAAACGUCAACGAAGAAUGAAGAAAUGCCCUCUUUGCCGAUGCUCCAGCCCAUCCAUCAUCUCAGCAGUCCCUAUUCCCAUAACACACAUGAAUUCGACCAAAAAACCUGCCCGCUAA